AUGUAUUUUCCGAUCGCACUGGUGAUUUGUGAAGAAGAAAAAGAAGAAGGACAAAAAGAAUACAGUAUUGGAUAUGACUUCUUUGAUAGACAUCUGAUUCGGGUCAAGCGUCAACCGGGAUUACGACUGCUCCGACCUGGCGUAUCUGAACCUCAUGUGGUGAAUCGUUGCAAAUCUCAGAGAAUUUCUUUCGGUUCUGGUUGUGUAUUGCAACACUACUAUCACUACUACUACUACUACUACUACUACUACUACUACUACUACUACCACAAGGCGGUGCUGGUUGGGGACAGUCAUUUAUUAAGGAUUACAGACGGGAGUGGACACGUGGUCAACACAGUACUGCAGUUGGAACCGGGUGAUGCGUUGCUAUGCGAUCCAACGGCGAAAAGUGAUAAUAAACCUUCAACGGACGCUCCGCUACAUUUGAUUGUCGAGAAUGAUCAAACGUAUCGGUACACGUUUGAUCAGCAACACGCUAUGCGAUGGAUUGUGAAAGAUUUUCCACGAGGUGGUUCUUGGAUUAUUCACUGCAAAUUCGGUUCUGAUGUGAUUCACACGUACAAUGUGACUGUGAUCGGUUAUCCGAUGCGUGCAAAAAUCUAUCCGUUCCUCCCGGAACGGCUAGAUCCAUCUGAUGAUACAAAGUUUUAUUGUUCCGCGGACAAUCCGACCUAUUUGCAUCCGACCUCUGUACACAUCAUUCACCUUUCCGGGCCCAGUGUAUUUCAUAUUCACGAGAACACAUUUCAGCUAGCCCAAAAACUUCCCAGCACGCAUCUCAAACAGAUCAGUCACUAUCGUUGCGAACUGAUCACACGCACUUUUCGUGCGGUCAAAAAUUUCUCGGUGAUUGUGGAAACCCCGUCAAUUCAGAUUAACCCAAUGAUUUAUAUGCUUUGGCGUUCUGUCCGAUCGUACAAUUUUUCUUGCACGUUCCGUGAUCCCAACGAGGCCGGUCUUCUCCAGCUGACAUUUGAAUUGAUUCAAGGGAUGAAUGAGGACUCGGGCAACAUUUGUCGUUAUCCGACGCGUCAAAGUGUAUCAUCUAACCUGGUUCCUGUCUCACUAACUGCAAAUUUGGAUGUGGAAAUACAUGAUGGUCCGAUUUUGGUAGGGACCAGUCAGGACAGUACGGACAAUGCGAAUAACCCCGAAUCCGAUCGUGAAGACUUCCCCGGGAGUAUCGAGACAAAAAAAAGACAAAAAAAUCAGCCGAGGAUUGCUUCCGCAAAAUCGGAGAAAGAAGGACCGAAUAAUAAUACAACUGUUGGUUCUGAUUAUAUGUAUGCUGCCCGAUCGGAUUUUGUAAAAAGUCAGCUACCUCAAAUUACCGAAAUCUUACCGAAUAAAUAUGGGAAUCUAUCGACCGAAGAUGAGAUGCUCAAUAUCACUGACCGUUCUGCAGUAGAUCCCAGUUUUAUAUCCUCAACAAUAUUGGUUCGUCCGAAACAAUUUAAAUCCGGUUUGCUUCGAUGUCGAACAAUAGACAGAGAGCCACCCAUGGAACGUACAAUGCGAAUCGAUACUGCAGGUAAGGUUCUCUGUCCCCAUUGUUUGAAUAGAACAGUUUGA